UCAGCACAGGCUGGGUGGACAUUCUCAGGAUGGGAAAGUAAAGGGCUGAGGGCCAGAGAGGAGCCCAAACCCCGUCGAAAGUGCGCGAGAGGCCCCCACGCCGGCCCUGGGGCGGAGACCGAGAGCUGGGGGCGUGGUCCCCAGUGGGGCGGGACCUCGAGCGGGGACAGGGCCAGCCCUCGGGUCCAGACGUGGCGCAGUGGCCCGGCGGUUCACCUCCAGCUUGCGGAUCAUCUUCGGCCCGGUUUCAAUGCACCUACCGCUGCCUCCGCCGCUUUUGCUGCUGCUUCUCGCGGCACUCGCGGCCGCCGCCACCACUUUCCGGCCCGACUGGAACCGUCUACAAGGCCUGGCCCGAGCCCGGGUAGAGACCUGUGGGGGAUGACAGCUGAAUCGUUUGAAAGAGGUGAAGGCCUUCGUCACCCAGGACAUCCCACUCUACCACAACCUGGUAAUGAAACACCUGCCGGGGGCCGACCCAGAGCUCGUGCUGCUGGGCCAACGCUUCGAGGAACUGGAGCGAAUUCCACUCAGCGACAUGACCCGCGAGGAGAUCAACGCGCUGGUGCAGGAGCUCGGCUUCUACCGCAAGGCGGCGCCCGACGAGCCUGUGCCCCCGGAAUACCUGCGGGCGCCCGCUAGGCCCGCGGAAGGCGCUCCUGACCGCGGUGACCUGUAGGUCUGGGAGCGCGGCACCCCCCUGCCUGAGCCCUGGGGACAGAAUGAAGCGCUCAGCGUCCCGGGAGCACCUCCCUCGCUGAGGGUCGACGCCCCGUCCCCAAGCCAGCAGGGUUGGAGUUGAGGGUUCCUCCUAACCCUUCUUUCUUCCCUCCCCAGCUCCACUAAAUCCCCUUUCGCCUUAA